CAUCAGCUUUAAUGCAGCCACCGCGUUGCGUCACGAGGGAAACAGUUUGGAAAGCCGCUGCUGCUGUCAAUGCCAAUGAAAACUGAAACGCCUUAGAGAGGACUCGGUUGUUGAGCUCCGCAUCGGGUUAUGCAGUCGCAAUUUGAACGCCUAACAAAGAGCAUCUCUCGUCUCUCAGUACACAGACGGUGAUAGAUGUUUGCUAUGAGGGUCAACAAGCGCGACAGUGGAUGUGUCUUGACUUUCGUGCUUUUUACAGCGCUGCGCGGUGUUGCAAGAGGAUAUGUCACGUAUGGUAACGGGGCGACGUGGGAACGCGAGUUACCGCGUUGCGCGGGCAGCAGUUCUGCCUGUAGCAUCGUCCACCACCGGUACUGGCAGUCGCCGCAUGAAAUUCGCCUCUGCCGCUGUCCACACAGAGACGCUUGUCCAACAGGUUUCGGUGAUGAUCCAGCUACAACUGUCAACAUAACCAGGCGAACUCAGCUAAAGAUGUGUCCUUCGUGGAGUCCCGAAUCUUGCUCAGACGGAGCUUUGGCCUUAGUCAUGAGGACACAGAGGAAAAUACAAGGGCCCAGCAAUCGCCGGAAACAGCUCCAUGUUGAUGUCCGCUGCCGCUGCUCGCACACCAGCGGCACAUACUACAGCAGGACACACGGCAAUAAUACGGCCAAUAUCACUCACUACGAGCAGCAUCAACACUUUAAAUGCAUGCCACUUUCAGACUGCAGUGCAGGAGACUUCUGUGGUCAUGUGGCACGGGACUACUACGCCACAUACAAGAGAUGCCACUGUCCUGCAGGCCACCUUUGCACAGUCCCGUACUUCAACAGAACAAUAGUAGCUGCUGUACGGGAAGUUAUGUACGAAGCGCCAGCCUACCGUGCACUUUGCUUACCCCGAACAUGACAUUUUUAAAACCUGAAACACGUGUUGGGGCAAAAUCCACAAGUCUAUUCUUUUUGUGCGAGUGUUGUGUGUAAAAGCAUGUGCUAUGCCAAUAGUACAACUACCAAAAAACGAAGCAGCAUCAACAAUGUUCCAAACAGACACAGUUAUCCAGGACUGCAUGCAAGUUCAUGGCAUGUUGCAGGAACAAAUAACGUAGUAUUUUUUACAUACUGUAGUUAAUCCUUAAGGCCCCUGGUUUUCUGCUGCGGCAAAUUCAAAAUUCCGCGGCACUGACUUGUAAAUUCCGCGAUUUUCCGCGACAAGGAGUCAAUGGCUGCUUGAAGCGGGAAACACUAUUUCCUUAGAUAAUGUAGGUACAAAAAGUAUUUUAUAAACCUCAGCAUUACAUGAUACCUUGUAAUCUCCUCUGACAACGAAUGCUGUUGUCAGCUACAACCAUUUUAUACCUACUGAAAAAUAUUUCAGCAUCUGCAAAGUUUAUAGGAAUUGACACAUACUUGAUCGAAAUAGACGCUAAAUUCGGAGCAAACACCCUAAUUCCGUUCCAAAACUCAAUCAUUGUAUUUACUCGCAUAAUUUGCGCACUUUUUCUCCCUAAAAAUCGGAAAAUUUAGGGGUGCGCAAACUGCGCGGGAACGUUCGUUACGAUAUUCAAACGACGCAAAAUUUCGAAAUUUUAGUAUGCGGGUCAUAUAAGCUCUAGGGAGGGCCGAUACUGACGUUAUCACUGCAUUGCACGAGCGCAAAAGAAGCACCCAAAUACCGCGUAACCGCCGACGGUCGGGAGGCAAAACGGCAGCCCACUACCGCUCAUAUACCGGUGAAAUACGUCGAGACGCUGCUGGGAGACGCAAACAGUCCACACUUGGGAACCGAAAGCACGCCAUGUCCGCAAACUUGUCAUGUUGUGCUGUAAGGUUUGCGGAAAGAAACGCUGGGUCCAGCGUUUCUACAGUAUUGUCCAUCGCGUCAGCGGCCCAUCACUCGAAAGUGCGCGUAAAUCAAGCAAAAUCACCGCAAUAUAACUUCGGUAGCACUGACGGCGUUGCGAAAGGUAAUCGGCACGGUCGCUGAGACGCGCGCGCCAGAUAUCCGCGCACGAAAACGCGGGUGCGCAUAUUACGCGAUUAUUUGCUUUCUUGUAAUUUUUAGUGCUAAACUAAAAAAAUAUGCGAUGCGCACAUUAUCCGAUGGCACAAAAUACGCGAGAAAAUGUCGAAGGGUCCGUGUACCUUGGAGCAGUUGGAAGCGUGCGCAGCACGCGCUCUUAACUGACGUUAUUGCGCGGAGCGUGCAAUACUUCUCCUGCGACGCUGCACGUCGUAGGAACUGUCCACAUCGCGCCAAACGCGUCCUUCGACCGAAUCGGAUUUCCGCGGAACUCCGCGCAAAACGCCGCGAAAUUCCGUGCCAAACGAAGGAUUCCGCGAUGGAUUCCGGAUUCCGUGAAAUUUCGCGGAAUCGCGGAAAACCCGGGGCCUUAUUAAUCCUACACAAUCCAGCUUCUACGUGCGACAUCACAGAGCCAUUUACACACUUUACACUUGCGCCCCAUGACUUUAUCUGCACGCUUUCAGUUCAGCGUUUUACGUAGUUUGUUUCAAAAUAUGCACGUUGCUUGUCAGGCUAUAAAUAGAGUCUAGGCCCAAACCAAAGCUUCAAAAAAACUACUACACGAAACCUUACGACAAUUAAAAUUGCCGUGUUUACCUUCAAAACAAUUGACCAUUAGUAGAUAAAAUUCUACAUACAAUAUAACCGAAUGAAACUUCAGCCGCACAGACUGAUCAUGAAAGCAGCACUCAACAUAGACAAAGACGAGACAGUACGAUGCCAUAUACAGUCCAUACGUACGAUAUCACGCACCGCAGGAUACCAAAAUGAUCCAGGAUCGUUCUGGAAUCAUGGUCUACCAAUAACAUCUACCUCAUAUAAGGACAUCAAUGUCAAUCUCAUACUUCAGGUGGCCAGCUCCAUACUUUCUUUUGAAGCAACUUAAUUUAAAGCUAUCACAGCAUACUAGACAGAUCCCGGAGGAAAGCAGACAGAGGUUUCACUGAAAUCUACUCCAGUCUUUAUUUUGUACAGGGACUCCAAAAUCAUUGCAGUCAGGCUGCAGGUAUGGAAGGCCAUGUGGGGUAAAACACGUAACGAUUGUGAUCACUCCUACAAUGUUGCAGCAAAAUAAGUGCAGGGCAGCUUUCAAUGAAAAAUUGAGAUUAGAAGCUAGUAUGUAGUAAGAUUAUACAAAAAAAGGCUGGGAGAUUUGCUUUAAUACAUAGAAUGCCAGCUACCAGCACCAAUGACCAUGAUUAUUUGCCUCAACCCAUGUUUUUCUCGUAUUUCAAGUACUGUUUUUGUGUGGAAAAUGGAUUUUGUGGCAGAAAUGCCUGGAAAAAUGGGAACUUCAAUUCACAAAAGAGGUUGGAGGUUUGAUCUUAGAUUAGGUGAAGUGUAUAAAUUGUUCGAGCAGUGGCUAGCUACAAGAGGAAUUCAAAGUCAUGUGGAGCUCUGAAUAAAUCUGUUCACGUAGA